AUGAAGGACAAGUUGCUCAACAAGCUUGAAGAAAACGAACCUGAAUUGGCCACAUCACCUGAGGAAGAAUGUGUGAUAUGUGUAAAUGCAAAAGCGACAAUGCAAACCUCGCCGUGCGGCCACCGUGUGGUAUGCCGGCGAUGUUUCGUGAAGACCAUUCAAAUGGCGGUCAGUCAGCGGCAAUUGCCUCUUCGCUGUGUCAUAUGCCGAGCGAAGAUACUCCGUCUGCGACAGGCACCGAGGCUCGUAACCAGCAAGAGUUGGCAGAUAACGAGUAAUAGCAGUCGACCAUGGGGUGUUCCUGGUUCUGUGUCAUCUUACUCUGUGGGUGCUCGCUCCGUACCAGCGUCAGCCUCCUUGUAUUCAGUCACCAGUGGGGAAUCUUCGCUAUCCGGUGUGUCUUCCGUAUCAUCAAAUAGUGGAGGUAACGUCAGCGGGAGUUGCACAACGAAAUUGUGCGGCGGUUCGAAAUGUGGUGGAGCCUGCCUCGGCGCGAUACCCAGAGUCCCGUCAUCAUCAGCUCCGCCUAAACCUCGCCAGCCUGGGUCCAAUUCAUUACGACGAUCGCAACAUCAUAGUAUGAAGGCAAGAUUACAAGAUUAUCAAGUACACAGCUAUACUGGGGGCCCUGCUGCAGAAACGUCUGGCAGGCUUCCACCGAUCCGGGAAUUUCAGAGGGAAUUUCGUGAAGGGAGAAGAGAAAGCGCCAGUUCUUCCUGUGCUUCUACUAGGAUAAGGUGUGCUCAGAAAAUAGUAACGCAACUUGAAACAUCACCCCAGCAAGACAAGCAACACUUCUUUCGACCGUUAAAACCGCCAAAUAUAGAAGACCCUCCCAAAUCCAGAGACCACAGCAAAGAGACUGAACGAAAAAAAGACAACCCCAAAUCGAAGCCCAAGAAAGAAGAAAAGAAAAAGAAAGAAUAUGAUGAUAAUGCCAAAAAUGAUAAAAUUAAGAAAAACGAAAGCCAAGACAACAAAAAGAAUGAAGUAGCUGAAAGAAAGAAAGAGGAAAAGCUAAGAUUGAAAGCGGAAAAGGAAGCUAAAAAAGAAGCGAAGAUCCAAGCUAAGGAAGAAGAGCGACAAGCCAAGUUGUUGGCUAAGGAAGAGGAAAGACAAGCCAAACUCUUAGCAAAGGAAGAGAAGAAGAAAGCUAAAAAGGAAGCUAAGCUAGCGGCGCAGGCUGAGAAAGAGAAGAGUAAAUAA